AUGGUUCCAUUGAGAGAGAAGGUCAUGUAUACCCUCACGACUCUCUUCGUGUUUCUCAUUUGUAGUCAACUUCCUCUUUACGGUAUCCACUCCACCACCGGUUCGGAUCCGUUUUACUGGAUGCGUGCCAUUCUCGCAUCAAGCCGUGGCACCCUCAUGGAGCUCGGUAUCGGUCCCAUCGUCACAUCAGGGCUCGUGAUGCAGUUCUUGACUGGCUCAAAGAUUAUUCAGGUCAACAAUGAAGAGGAUCAUGCUCUCUUGAACGCUCUCAGAAGCUUCUCGCCUUUGUAA